ACGUCUCAUUCCUUUUUCAUCUCUGGCAGUAGCAACAGGCAACAGGUCGCGAAGUCGCGUGAAUAUCUAUACUUUUAUAAGAAGGGACGAACGGAGGGGUAUUGAAAAUUAUAUGCGAACUUGCUAUUAAAGUCGUACUUGGUUGGUCAGUGUUAAGGAUACAUUUAAGACUUCAAUUUAUUUCGGCAAUCUUUGUACAGCGGAGCCAACUGUAAAUUCAAAAUAAAUCGCAAUACACUCAACCAAUUUAUGUACAGCGACAAAACGAUGCCUUCACGAGAAAAAAAUAGCCAUGGACGCAUGGCAGAUUUUAAAUUUAGCAAUAAACAUGAAGAGGCUCGAAGAAGAAGAAACGCAUUAUCAGUGGAACUACGUAAAGCCAAAAAAGAUGAUCAAUUAUUAAAGAGACGUAACCUUGACACUGAACAAGAUUUAUUAAAUUUAUGGAACAAAGUAGGCGAAAAUGUUUCGCCUACUCCUCUACUUUCUAUAGAUGAAAUUGUAGCUGGCAUAAACUCGUCAGAUGAAACGACACAAUUGAUAGCAACACAGACUUGUAGAAAGUUAUUAAGUCGAGAAAAAAAUCCUCCUAUUAACGAUAUAAUACAAGGUGGCAUAGUACCACGGUGCAUUGACCUCUUGGAUUGCAAUCAUAACAUUUGCUUGCAGUUUGAAGCAGCAUGGGUAUUAACGAAUAUAGCUUCGGGUACAUCCGAACAAACACAAAAUGUUAUAGAGCAUGGAGCUGUACUAAAGUUGGUGAAACUACUCAAAUCCGUGUCUCCUUUUGUUAAGGAACAAGCAGUAUGGGCUUUGGGAAAUAUAGCUGGAGAUGGACCACAAGCGCGCGAUUUUAUUCUUAGACACGAUGCUCUAUCUCUUCUACUUGAUUUAAUUAAACCUGAUAUCUCUGUGACAUUUAUGCGCAACAUCGUUUGGACUAUAUCUAAUUUAUGUCGAAAUAAGAAUCCACCUCCGCCCUUUGAACUGAUCAAACCUGCUCUCCCAGUAUUUAAUCGUCUACUUAGCCAUGAAGAUACAGAAGUACUUGCCGAUACUUGUUGGGCACUCUCUUACCUUACCGAUGGAUCGAAUGACAAAAUACAAGCGAUAUUAGAAACUGGCAUUAUACCUAAACUCGUGGACUUGUUGAGAUCAAAGGAAGGAACCAUUCUUACUCCGGCAUUACGUGCAGUUGGAAAUAUAGUGACAGGUGAUGAUAUUCAAACGGAUGCUGUAAUUUCGGCAGGAGGAUUACCGCAUCUCGGUGCCUUGUUACGGCAUCAUCGUGCUAACAUCAUGAAGGAAGCUGCUUGGGCGAUCAGUAAUAUUACAGCUGGUAAUACAGAACAAAUUCAACAAGUGAUAAAUGCUGGUUUGGUGCCAUCAUUGAUAAACGUUCUUCAGUUUGGAGAUUUUAAGGCACAAAAGGAGGCUGCGUGGGCUAUAACCAACUUGACAUCGGGCGGGACAAUCCAAAAUUUGGCUGAAUUAAUACAGGCGGGUGUAUUGCCACCUUUCUGUAAUUUAUUGGAAGCAAAAGAUUGGAAUAUUAUUAUUGUCGUCUUAGAUGGCUUAACUAAUAUCUUGCAUGCUGCACAAAAAAUGGGGGAAGUGGAUCGACUUGCUAUUAUGAUAGAAGAAGUUGGAGGAUUAGAUAAAAUAGAAGCUCUUCAACAUCAUCAGAACGAGCAAGUUUAUCAAAAAUCUAUGGCUAUGAUUGAUACGUUUUUCUCUGAAAAGGAUAUUGAAGAAAUGACACUUACUUCUAAAGAGAAUGAUGAGGGACAACUUGAAUUUAAUGUAAUGGAGAACGCACCAACAGAUGAAUUUAAAUUUUGAACAUGUAUAUCUUUGCAUCUGGAAAUGAAAUAUUGUAAGUCGAAAAAUUUGUAAAUACAUACGAAACUUGAUUAUUGAUUUAUUAUAACUGUCCAUAAUAGUAAUAAUGAUCUAUAACAAAAAUAAUAAAAUUGACACAAUGUUUAAUUAUUCAAUCAAGUUUUAGUGAUUCACGAAAUGCGAAAGCGAAAGAAUUUGCGUUUUAAGCAGAUAAAUUGAUUAUUUAAAGAAUUAUAAAGAAUGAGUUUAUCUCUUUAUACAUCAUUAUAAAAAAGGAAUUCUAGCAAUGUAUAAAUAUAAUGAAACUUUAUUUAGAUAAUUAAGUAUCGUAUGUUUUAGACAUUUUUAGACAUAAAUGAAAUAAUUGUCUGAUGUAUUAAUUUUGUAAAUUGGUAACUUCAGAAUUAUUGAUAUAAUUUUUAGAGUGAUAAUAGAAUGUUUUCUCAUACAAAUAUAAUUUGAGACAGGCUUUCAUUAUAUUAACUACAAAAAAAAAAAAAAUAUGUAGCUCUUCUCAUGUAUUUAAUUCUUCCUUCUUUAUAGGUGUAUAAAAAAUGAUCAUUGUAUGAUAAGUUUUCUUUAUAAAUUCGGAUUAUUAUUAGAUUAUUUUUUAUCGCAAAUCAUUUUAUGAACAAUUAUUAAUGGAAAAAAAAAAAACAAAUUUUGAUAAUUCACAGAAAAAAAAUCAUAAUUAAGCUUAAUAAUGUAAUGAUUUAUUAUUCAUUACAUUAACCAGUACAACUUGUCUGUAUAAAAAGAAAAAAAGGCUCAGUAUUAUUUAUUACGUUUUACUUUGUACAUUUAUAAUAAAACUUUGAUAAAUA